AUGAGCGGAAAUCGUGGGAUGCAAAUGCUCAUCCCUCUUGUAAAUAAGUUGCAAGAUGCGUUCUCCUCUCUGAGUGUGCCUUUAAAUUUGGACCUCCCUCAAAUUGCCGUUGUUGGCUCUCAGAGCGCUGGCAAAAGCUCUGUUUUGGAAAAUUUCGUCGGGAGAGACUUCCUUCCGCGGGGUUCUGGUAUUGUUACCAGGCGUCCACUCAUUCUACAGCUUAUCAACAACAACAUAGAGUACGCCGAGUUUUUACAUUUAAAAAACAAACAUUUCACCAAUUUCGAGGAUGUUCGCAAGGAGAUUGAGGCGGAGACAGAUCGUGUAACUGGGAAAAACAAGGGCAUUUCUAACAUUCCGAUAAACCUUCGCAUCUAUUCACCUCAAGUUCUUAAUCUUACCUUGAUCGAUUUGCCUGGUCUGACGAAAGUCCCCGUGGGAGAUCAGCCCCAGGAUAUCGAUCAACAAAUUCGAGCCAUGGUGCUCGAAUUCAUAGAACCUGAAAAUACGCUCAUCUUGGCUGUUUCACCUGCCAAUACAGAUCUGGCUAAUUCUGAUGCGUUGAAGAUUGCCAAGGAAGUUGAUCCCACUGGCAUUCGAACGAUUGGUGUUAUUACGAAGUUGGAUCUGAUGGAUGCAGGAACCGAUGCUCGAGAUGUUUUAGAAAAUAAGGUUCUCCCGUUGCGCCGAGGCUAUGUGGGCAUCGUUAACCGGAGCCAAAAGGAUAUUGAUGGUCGAAAGGAUAUUCAGUCGGCCAUAGCGAGUGAGCGAAAAUUUUUCCUCGGUCAUCCAGCCUACCGACAUAUGGCGGAUCGAAUGGGCACGGCCUAUCUGCAGGCCACACUGAAUCAACAGUUGACCAACCAUAUUCGUGACACCCUGCCGACGUUGCGCAACCGUCUCCAGUCGCAAAUGCUCAGUCUGGAAAAGGAUGUAGAAGCCUUCAAGAGUCUCCGAUCCGAUGAUCCGUCCUACAAAACCAAGGCGCUUAUACACUUGGUGAACAGUUUUUCGGAGCGAUUUAUCAACGCUAUCGACGGUCAUUCUGGGGCCAUCAGCGUUGACUCGCUCUCCGGUGGGGCUGAAAUCAAUCGGAUCUUCCAUGAACGCUUUCCUCUAGAUUUGAUAGAGAUACAAAUUGACGAAAAGGCCCUUCGUCGGGAAAUUGCCUACGCCAUUCGCAAUGUCCAGGGUAUUCGCGGUGGCCUCUUCACACCGGAUCAGGCCUUUGAUGUGAUUGUGCGCGAGCGCAUUGGUCGCCUGUUGGCACCCUCGCUAUCCUGCGUUGACCGAGUAGUCACCAAGCUCUCUGCUAUUGUGCACACCUGCCUUGGCCAGAUGAACAGCUAUCCGCUUCUCGCUGAUGAAGUCGAGAGAACUAUCAACCAACGAAUUCGGGAGUCAGAGGUGAGAACCAAGGACCAGCUGCGUGCUCUCACGGACUACCAACUUGCCUAUGUGAAUACGAACCAUGAAGACUUCAUUGGCUUUAACAACGCCGACCCACAGAGUGCGAAUCAGGCAGCAAAGCAGAAAGUUGGCAACCAAAUCAUCUGCAAAGGUUGGCUGACACUUUUGAAUGGCAAGCUGCUGCGAGGAGGUAGCAAGUACUUUUGGUUCGUUUUAACCACCGAAUCUCUUACUUGGUACCGGGAUGACGAAGUGAGUGAAUGCUCCUUCCUUUGGCUUAUCGGUGAUUUGUUCAGCUAUGAGCUAAAUGCAUGUUUGGAACGCGAAAAGAAGUUUGUCUUGCCGCUGGAGGGUCUGAAGCAACGUGCCGGUGACACGUCCUUCUUCUCUCGGCGGCCGAACUUCAGUCUUUUCCACUCCGAUCCCAAGGUGAAUGUAUACAAGGAGUUCAAGACUCUGGAUCUGGCUGCGGAUAAUGUAGAUGCACGCGACAACUGGAAGGGGGCCCUCCUACGCGCGGGCGUUUUUCCGGAGAAGUCGGAACAAAAUCUCGACGAGGAAAAGGAUGACGACUUGAACCAGGACAGCAAUCCAGUUCUCAAGCGGCAGGUUGAAACCAUUCGAAAUUUGGUUCAGUCCUACAUGAAGAUAGUCACCAAGACCCAACUUGACCUGGUACCAAAGAUCACCAUGUACCUCCUCAUCGAUGACGUGAAGAAGUUCCUGAAAUCUGACCUCCUUCCGGCUCUUUAUACUCUGGAUACGGUAUGGGUAAAGUCGGAGGUGUUGAACCGUUUGAUGGAGGAGUCACAGGAGGAGAAGCGACGAAAGCAGGAUAUGGUGGUGAUGUAUAACACCAUGAAGGAGGCACUAAACAUCAUCGCCGAUGUGACCACUCACACCGUCACCACGCCCAUACCUCCACCAAUCACAGACGACUGGCGUGAAUCGGAAAUUGGGGGUAACGGGACGCCACCGCGAGCAGGCACGGGGCCCUCUCGGCCUUCAAUCGGGCCGCAGCGAGGUAGUCCCUCACCACUUCCGAUGGGAGGCGGCGGUGGAGGAGGAGGAGGCUACAUGCCGCCACAGCCCCGUAACGCACCUGUUCCGCCUUCCUCUCGACCCUUGAACUCCUCUGGAUCCACUCCACAGGCGCCUGUGGUGCCCGCUCGCUCAGUCCCCCUAAUCCCACAGCCCAUCUCGGCGAUUCACUCAAGUAAUUCCGCUGGUGACCUCUAUGCCGCCCCCAUCGCUAACAGUAAGGCCUCCCCAUUUGCCAACACUACCUCCUCCUCCUCCUCUUGGCAUAGCAAUAAUCCCGGACUCAAGGUGUUCGACUCCAUCUCCUCAUCUUCGACUAAUGCCACGUCGGCUCCCCACGGCAACAGCGGGGCUCCUACUACUACCGGUGGUUACUCUGCACGAACUCUUGCAUCCAUAUUCGAAAACCGCGCAUCGACACCAUCCGGUCCACCUAUACCUCCCCGACCGUAG